CGCUGCGCAGCGUCUCAAAGUCAAACCGAUCAUCGUUCCCGGACAGACCGAAGGUUAUCCGCUUCAACAGUGCUUGGACGGCAACCUUAGAUUCUGUCAUCGCCAAUAGUUCGUUUAAUUCCGAUCAUUAAAUCACUAAAUAAUUUAGCUUUAAUCGCUGAAUAAAGCCGCAGAUCCUCCGCUUGAAGCCGUUCAUUACAGCUAAAUUACAAACCUAACCAACGAAGGGAAGCAAAUGAAAACAACUUGUCCUAAAGCCCAGCUUACGAUGGAUUUUGCACGUUAUCCUGCCUGAGAAAGCUGCAGUGAAGCUGAAGCAACAUGAGCUCUCAGGUGAGACAAAAUUUCCACCAGGACUGUGAGGCUGCCAUCAACCGGCAAAUCAACCUAGAGUUGUACGCAUCCUAUGUCUACCUGUCUAUGUCAUACUACUUUGACAGAGAUGACCAGGCUCUACACAACUUUGCCAAGUUUUUCUGCAAGCAGUCGCAUGAGGAGCGCGAGCAUGCAGAGAAACUGAUGAAACUCCAGAACCAGAGGGGAGGACGAAUCUUCCUGCAGGACAUCAGGAAACCAGAGCGUGAUGAGUGGGGCAGCGGUGUGGAGGCUCUGGAGUGUGCACUACAGCUGGAGAAGAACGUCAACCAAUCCUUGCUGGACAUGCACAAGGUGGCCUCUGAUCACAAUGACCCUCAUAUGUGUGACUUUAUUGAGACACACUACCUGGACGAACAGGUGAAGUCCAUUAAGGAGCUUGCUGAUUGGGUCGCUAACCUGCGCCGUAUGGGAGCGCCUAAGAACGGCAUGGCUGAAUAUCUGUUUGAUAAACACACACUGGGCAGUGAGAGCAGCUAAACUCCCUUCACACCAGGAUAAACCGUCCUACCAUCUGAAUUUUUGGUGUAAUUAAUUGCUCUCUGUUUUUCAGCUUUCUCCUGCUUCAGCAAUUCUGUUGCUGGUUCUUUUCCUAUGUGUGCUAUUUUACUCCUAAAGUUCAAUCAAAUAAACAAAUUGUUGGAUCCUG